UUAAAAAUAAUUUAUGAAAAUUGCAAAAUAUCUAUAAAAUUAUGGAUGACUAUCAAGUAGUAGUUAAACCGGUUAUAACUCGAGAAAUGGUGCAAAUCUUACCAAGCGUAAUAACCGACAAGAUAACCUUGCCCGAUAUUGUAGAGGAAAUUAAAAAUCCUGAAGGAGAUAGUAAAGCUGAUGAAAAUCUACUGAGACUGGGCAGAGAAGAUAAUGCAGAUAAAUCGGAAGCGGAAACUGAAACGGAACAGGAGGAUGAGGAUGAGGAACCGGAGGAGUCUAAGAAAGGAGAAGUAAAGUACGCCUGGAAUGCUCCCUGCAUGAUGGUUCUCUUCGAGGAUGGCGAUCUGAACUGUGCCCUUCAUCAUCUCGUCGAAUCUCUGCAGGAUCCCUUUGCCUUGGAUGCGGUAGCCGUGAUUUUGGUACAGGAAAGUCUUGUAGAAGAACUAGAGGGUAGAGUGUUGACUCUCAUGAAACCAUUGGAUUCCCGGGUGGCCAAUCACCCUUGCUAUAAGCGCACCCUUCUUAAGAUUGCCGAACUGAAACCAAAAACUGUCGUUGGUCCUCCUGGUUUUGUACUGCCCGAUGCCACGCCCAUGUUGGUGCGGGAUAUUCCCCACAAAUUCUUGGGCGAAGGACCCACCGGCAUUAUCACAAUGCACAUUUUUCGCACACCCUUUGAGGCAACUCGAAUCUAUCGCAAGGAAUAUCCUCUGCCCAUUGCAUCGGUUAGCAUCUGGAAUGAACGGGUAUCCAGCGUCUUUGAAGUCGUUGGCAUGAUGAAUGCCCUGGAUACCUUUAAGAUCAACUGUUUCAGGGUGAAUAUGGAGCCCAUCAAACGUGCCUUUGAGCUGCGAAAGUAUAGCGCUUGCAUGCAUCGGGGCUAUCACUAUGAAACCCUGCAAAUUAAUGGCGCGCGCAAGAUUAUCGUAUUUCCGGUGGGAACUAUAAUUGGUAACUGAAGUGUGUACUAAAUAA